AUGAUGAACGAAAGAACACUAAUUCCAACGUUUGUUUUCUGGGCUUUCCUUACAAUAAUCACACCAACACUUAUUCUCUUGUCAGAGAAUUCAAAAGCAGACCUUCAUUUAAAUGGAAAUAUGACAGAGACAAUAAAGGUGAGAAGAAUGAACGGACACACACAUAAUAACGUCAUAAUAACACCACCGCGGCCGCCACCACCAGACAAGUUGGUGGUUGAAGAGGAGGAACUUGCCCCAGCACCAGCUGCAUCACAUCAUAAUCAUAGUGCUCUUAUAAGGAGCAGUGGCAAUAUCACUGAUGAUGAUGCUCCCAAAGUACAAGUACUUGGUUUUGGUGGAACAAACAAGUCUAAAAUCAAAUUGUAA